AUGUACUCAACUGCCCUAUGUUUACCUACUUCUUUUGUUGUUUGUUGUUGUUUUUCGAAACGGACGUGGGCAACAUUGUUGAUCAGUUAAUAAUUUUAAAUUUAAUUUAAUCCUCCCAAUAUUCGCGUAAACAAUGGCUGAAGCUCCGGAAAGCGAACCUAUUCCUUCAUCCAGCGAAAAUACUGUCGCUUGUGAUGUGAAAGAUGAGGAAGAGCCCUUGGCCAAGAAACGUAAAGUAGACAAAGAGGUGAACGAAAAACUCGAGCACAGGCUCGGGGGCAUCUUGUGCUGCGCAGUUUGCCUCGAUCUGCCACAGGCGGCCGUCUAUCAGUGUAGCAAUGGCCACCUUAUGUGCGCCACUUGCUUCACGCACUUGCUGGCGGACGCGCGCCUGCGCGACGAGGCGGCCACGUGCCCCAACUGUCGCGUUGAGAUCUCCAAGACUUCUGCCUCCAGGAACCUGGCCGUGGAGAAGACCGUCUCCGAACUGCCGGCCGAGUGCAAAUACUGCACACAAGUGUUCCCGAGGCAUUCCCUGCAGCACCACGAGCAGAAGUCUUGCGAGAACAGGAUAACCGGGUGCCGCUACGAGUGUAUCGGGUGCGGUUGGCGCGGGCCGGCGCACGAGUCGGUGCCGCACGAGGCGGCGUGCCCGCACCCGCAUCGUUCUGCCGCCGAGGUGGUCGACGUCAUCGCGGAGCGGGAGAAGCGCGUGCGCGACUCCAACGCUGUAUACGACCAGCUGCUCGACCUGCUGUCCUACGAGAAGAUCUCCUUCAACGAUCUGCAGCUGAAGCCGUACCGUACGGAGGAGUACGUGCACAAGCUGUACUACGAGACGUCUCGGUUCUCAGCGUUCGGCCACCAGUGGGUGGUGAAGGCUUUCAUUAACAAGAACCAGCGGGAUCCCACGCAGAGCUCGCAGAGGGAGAUCACCUAUCAGUUGAUCCUGAAGAGUAAGACCGCAUGCCCGGUGCCGCUCCAAUGGGCGUGGCUGCGAGGCCCCUUCGGAGACGCCGCGCUGAGGCCGCGCCUCCACCAACACUCGUUCUCGGACGAGCACAGCGACGCGCCCCCCCUCCCGCUCCCGCUGGCCGACCCCGCCGAUGCCAACCGGCUGCUGGCCAACAAGGCGAUACACUUCAGGUUAUUUCUCGCUUCGAAGUGAACCAUUGUACACAUAGCAUAGUCACAGGGAAGGCAGCAGUUUGACUCACACUAAUUCUUAUUUUCCAUGUUGAAUACAUA